CUCCAGUCGAUAUGCCUCAACCCGGCAACCCUUUUGCUCAGGUUCCUAAUGUCCAGUAUACACCGCCAUAUCAUCCACAGUUUCAUCAUCUAAAUGCACAGCACGCUUUCCAGCAGCCAAAUGUUCAGCUCGCCCAGGUCCAGGCAUCCCAAAAUCAACCAUAUCAAGUCCAGCAAUCUCACACUGCUCAACUUCAUGCACCCGAGCCUACGAUACCUGCCCAGAAUCUUCUCGACAUCCCUUUCAACGACAGGUGGGAUAUUCUCAAGCCUGUGCUUGAGGCUCUCUACCAUAGGGUCCCAGCUGUCAAGCUGUCAAAAAUUGUGGAAAUGAUGAAAGACGAAUAUAAGUUUGAUGCAAAUGAAAAUCAGUACAAACAUCGCUUCAGCAAAUGGGGCUGAAAAAAAAAUCUACCGCGUGCCAAAAUUGACAUAAUGGUUGCCAAGAAUCAACGACGGACAGAGCAAGGCAAACCUACAGCAGCUAUCACUUACAAAGGAAGGCCUGUAGAUCAGAAGAAGAUCCGACGGUAUGCCAAAGCGGCCUCCAAACAGGACGUUGUCUUGAGCUCUACCGUUGAUAGACGAAGCGUCGAAAUUUUGGGACGACCUAACGCUGUUCUGUCCUUUUCCAAUAGCAUUUUCCUUGAAUGGAACAUGCCGUACGGAACCGCUUCAGAUCCUAGAACCUUCGCCUUGUUCGAUCAUGUGUCCCCUUUCGGGCCGAAUCAUUCCAC